CCAGGGUUUACCUUGACUUUCCUCUUGGCUUUACAGGAGAUUUUGAUUUGAAAAUGACCAUCAAAAACUUCUCAAUUGAAUACGAUGCCGUCAACAGCAAAAACACCUUCACAAAUGGAGACACCAUCAACGGGAGAAUCAUCUUGGAGGUUUCUAAGGAAACUACAAUCCAGUCCCUUGCUUUUAUAGCAAAAGGAAAAGCUCGGGUCUGCUGGUCUGAAAAUUAUGGACAAUAUCAAAAUAAUGUGUACUGGGCUGAAAAGAAAUAUUACGAAGUCAAACAUCAUAUCUUGAGAGAGGCAAGACAAGAUGGCACUGAAGUCGUUGGUAAAGGAAGACAUGUAUUUCCUUUUUCCUUCAAGAUUCCUGACGGAAAAAUCCCAUCAUCUUUCAAAACCUCUUUUGGUAAAAUUGUUCAUAAAUUGACGGCAGAGCUUAAACAAUCACUGAAGCUGACAAAAGAGGCCAAAACCCACUUCACAUUUGUGUCCAAAGCAGACAUGAAUAUUCCCGGACUCAUGGAACCUCAGUAUGGCACAAAGGAUAAAUCUGUCAAAGUUUUUGGCUCUGGAAACAUUUCAAUGGAUGUUCACAUCAAGCGGAUGGGAUAUCAGCAAGGCGAGGCUCUCAAAGUCACAGUUGAAGUCAGCAACCACUCAACUCGUUCAGUGAAGCCCAAAUUCAUACUGUAUGAAAUGAAGAGUUACUUCGCCCAGGGUCGCAAGAGAGUUUGCACAAACGCUCUCCUGAAAGACAAGAUGGAGGCUGUUGCAUCCUCUGGGAAAGAGACUGUGACCAAGGUGAUCACCAUCCCCAGGGAACUACCUCCCUCCAUCUUGAACUGCUCCAUACUCAGGCUUGAGUACGGGCUGAAGAUCUUUCUAGAUCUCAAAUAUGCUGCAAACCCAGAGAUCAAACUGCCUAUAGUCGUCCUAUCUUCCUCUGAGGUCCCUGGUAUACAACCACCUGCUGCUGCUGGCUUUGGAUUUGAAGCAUUUGGGAACCCAGACCAAGCAGCCUGGAGCACAAAACCACAACUACAAGCAGCACCCCAAGAUGAGGAUCCCCCUCCUCCCUACGGAGCAUAUGCAAUGUACCCUUCUAGCAAAUAGGCAAAUGCAAUGUAAAUACGCCACCGAUUUAGUAUUGCACUCAUAUAACAUUGUGAGACUCAUGAUGGACUGUUAAAAAAAGUGUAAAAAUGUAUGCAGCAGAACCAGAGAUAUUGCCUUUUUAAUUCUAUGAAUUAUUAUUUCUUGUUAAAACCUGGCCCCUACAUCACCCACAAUGAAACUCACCACACCACAAUCUCCGUAUCAUGCAAUGCUCAUGUUUUGUUGUAAAAUUUGCUUUAAAUUUUUCUUUUUUUUAUGAUAACACUGCUGGUUCUAAUAAUGGUUCUUUGUCCGUUUCCAGUUAUGUUGAUGCCAAAUAUUUUAAUUUUUGUAUUUUACUGUGAAUAGAUGUCCAUAUGUUGUAAUUUCAGUGUUAUUUGCAUACUAACUAAAUUUCCAUCAGCUUGCUUAAAUCAAUGUCACCUCUUUGUGAUAACACUGCUGGUUCUAACAGUAGUGACCAUAUGAUUCUUUGUCAGUUCUUUUAAAGUCCUGUCAAUGUGAUACACUUUCUUUAAACAUGAAAUGCUUUGGAAAUAAACCACAUCCCUGACAUAAAAUUCAA